GAAAUAUCUUGUUUGAGAAAUAGCAGUUGCCUUGGCAACCUCAGGCGUGGGAUUGUUUGAGGAAAUGAACCCGUAUGAAGCAUGGCUGUUCAACACUGGGCAGAGACUCUUAAGAAAGCCAAGAAAACGGCAUUAAUAGCUGAUGGGAAAAGGAAAGUUCAUUAUCUGUUUGAGGAUGGCAAUGAGAUGUCUGAGGAGUAUGACCUGAAAACAGAUGAACUUGUCUUGCGAAAGUGGCGACAUAAAACCACUUUAGGAGGCCAUGGAGAGUGGACAUGGGAAGUUGGUGAAACAAACCCAAACGGCCUUACCUCUGAUUUAAUAAAAGAGAGCAGUUCAAAUCCAUUGUUCAUGCGUAAGGACACAAAGACCAGUUUCCAAUGGAGGGUCCGUAAUAUUUCUUACCCUAUAGAAGUCUACAGUGUGUCAGCAGAGCCCACGGAAAGAUGUUGUGUCAUCCGAACCUCAAACAAAAAGUACUAUAAGAAGUUCAGUAUUCCAGAUCUCGACCGUUGCCAGCUGCCUCUGGAGAGCGCAGCCUUGAGUUUUACCCACGCCAACAACACUUUAAUCAUCAGCUACAAGAAGCCCAAGGAGAUUUUAACACUGGAACAGGAGCUGCUUGGGGAACUGAAGAAACUGAAGGGGACAAGUGAAGGAGAUAUUGACUGUAAAACUCAGUGAACUGCUGUGAAUCCGGAGCCUUUGCAUUAUUGUAUUUAUCUGGCUGUUAUUCUUCAUGUUCAUUUAUGCUUAGUCUCACGUUGGCAUGUUUCUGUGACAUGUUCCUGUCUGCCUUGUGUGUCCAAGCAACUCGCUUUCAAUGUGUGUUCUUUUUUGUUCAAAGUAAAUUUCAAAUCUUAUGCUAAUUGAUGUUCCAGCUGUACAAUAGAGUAUUCUUUUUGAGUCUAAAUAAAUUUCACUGGCAAAAAGAAAUUAUUAUAUAUUAACAUUA